CUGUGAUCACAUCAAAACAAUAAGCGUGUCAAACUGCGCUUUUCCCAGCUGUAAUUAUUUAUUGAGUGUUUGUGAGAAAAUAAUUGAGUUAUCAAUUUUAAAAAUAUUCAAAAAAUAUGGAGGAGCAAGAUAUUCCAAUAGAUAUUAAUUCAGGAAAGCUACUUGAGUGGUUUAUUAGUAGGAGGCAUUGUAACAAAGAUUGGUCUACGCAUAUUCUGAAAAUUAGAGAGAAAAUUAACAAUGCUAUUCAGGAUAUGCCUGCACAUCAAGAAAUAGCAAAACUGUUGUGUGGCACACAUAUAAAUUAUUUUCACUGCAAGAAAAUUGUAGAAAUAUUGAAAGAAACUGAAGCAGACACAAAAAAUUUAUUUGGACGAUAUGGGUCACAGAGAAUGAAAGAUUGGCAAGAAAUUGUUCGUCUCUAUGAGAAAGACAAUGUUUACCUUGCAGAAGCUGCUCAGAUGCUCAUUAGAAAUAUCAAUUAUGAAGUUCCUGGUUUCAAAAAACAAAUUCAAAAAUUGGAGCAGACCGUAACUGAAUUUGAAAAAAAGGAAGCAGAAUACAAAAAAUCAGAAACCCUUGGAAGAUCUGACUUUAAUAAUCUUUGUAAACAUUUGGGAAUUGCUGGAACUAAAAUAAAGAAAGAAUUGAUUGAAAGGAUUGUUGAAUUGCCACAGAUUUAUGAAAAAGUUGCAAAGAAAGUUAAAACAUUGAAUAAUGUAGUUGAAUUUUACACUGCUUUUGUAGAAUUUACUUUGGGAAAUCAACAUAGUGGAGGUUGUGUUCCUAUGGUUAAAUAUAUUAUGGAUAAAGGAAAUACAACAACAUACGAAUGGACUUUUGGGGAGGCACCAUUAUCUGUGACUGAACCUAGUUUUGAUUUCAAUAUAGAUAAUGAUGAUGAUGAAAAAGAAAAUGAUACAAUAUACUUUGGGGAUAUGGCAACAAAUGAAAUAGACUUUGGGAAAUUGGAUUUAGAUAGUAAAAUUGACUUUGGCAAUAUUGAAUUAGAUGUUGGUGGAGAAAUAGAUUGGGGUGGAAUUGUAGUAGAAGAUGAAUCAACUCUUUCUAAUGAGGAAGUAAUAGAUUUUGACAUUUCUCUAGAAGAAUCUGGUAUAGAAGUCGAAGCUGCAGGAAAUGAUGGAGGUAAUGCAACUGGAUUUCAAGCUCUAACAAUUCUAGACAAUCCUGAUGCUAGGAAUGAUUUCAUUAAUCAACUUUUUGAACUAGAAGCAUUUUUGAAAAUAAGAUUAUAUGAAUUUAAAAGUGAAAAUAAUAAAAGUGUCUUGAAUAUGACUAACAUGCAAGAGUCGCCUGCUCUUCAACUCGCUACAGUAGAUAGCAUUCAAAAUAUGUUGGACAAUGUCCAAAUAAUUAUAUCUGAAAUACUUGAUAGCAAGGUACAACACUUGCACAAUAUCAAACAUUCCUCAAGAUAUGUCGACGCUUUAUCGGCAAGUUUGAAGCAGAAACGAAAGCUUAUUAAAAAGAUGGAGUCGUUACAGCAAACGAUGCGAGAGAAACAAGAAGUAACGAGACAACAGGUUGCGUCGUUGAAACCAAUUCUUAAGUUGGUUAUUGAAAGAACAAAAGAAUUACAAAAAGAGAUUGAAAAAGAUAUCUCUAAAAAAUACAAAAACAGGGUGGUCCAUUUGACCGGCGGAAUCAAUACCUUGUAAGAUAUAUUUGUUAAGAGUGAGAAUUAAUUUUUUACAAAAGAUUUUAAUUGUAAAUACGUUA